GCGUCCCAAGAUGGCGUCGUGGCUGCCAGAGACUCUGUUCGAAAUUGGAGGACAAGGCCCGGCUCCGAGCAAAGAUUAUUACCAGUUAUUGGUCACCAGGUCCCAGAUUAUCUUCAGAUGGUGGAAGAUUUCCCUGAGGAGUGAGUAUCGAUCAGCCAAGCCUGGAGAAGCCAAAGAAACUCAUGAGGACUUCCUAGAGAAUUCACACCUGCAAGUUCAAGUGGCCUUAAUCUUUGGUGCGAGAAUAAUAGACUAUGUCCUCAAUUUGUGCCAAGGUAACUUUGACUACCUUGAACGGCUCUCAGACGCUUUGCUCCUGAGUAUCAUUUCUUACCUGGAUCUUCAAGAUAUUGCCAGGCUUUCGCAAACAUCACGCAGAUUUGCAAAGUUGUGCGUAUGUGACAAACUGUGGGAGCAGAUCGUCCAGUCUGCAUGUGACACCGUUACCCCCGACAUGAGGGCCCUGGCGGAGGACAUCGGCUGGAAGGAGCUGUUCUUCACCAACAAGCUGCAGCUCCAGAAGCGGUUCCGCAGGAGGAAGCAGAAACGCGGGAACCAGAAGAGGCGGGGUCAGCCGUAA